AUGUCCGACACGGAGAAGCCUCAGUGCGGCAGCGAGGCGGAUGCUGCCGUCUAUGACUUUCCUCUGCACGUUGCUGCAGUUUUCAUUGUGUUCUUCGCUUCCAUCUUCGGUGCUGGAUUUCCAGUAGUGGCAAAGAAGGUCAAGUGGAUGAAGAUCCCACCGAAGGUCUUCUUCUUCUGCAAGCACUUUGGUACUGGUGUUCUAAUCGCUACUGCCUUCGUCCAUCUAUUGCCGACCGCCUUUGCGUCGCUCAACGACCCAUGCCUACCGGAUCUAUUCACCGACGAUUACCCUGCUCUACCAGGUGUGAUCAUGAUGGGUUCGCUCUUCAUCCUCUUCACGAUUGAGAUGUGGCUUCACGCAAAGACUGGCGGUCACAGCCACGGUGGCGCGACAGGAGAGGCAUUCAACGGUGCACAACACGCCCACCCUUCCACCACUGGCAUCCAGGCAGCCUUCAACAACCCCAUCCGACGAGUCGAGAGCUACGAUUCGCAGAAGACAAUGCUUGCUCAGCGCGACGAGAAGCGAGGAUGGGUCGAGGAGUCAACUUACCCCGUGGACAACUUCCCGUUCCCCAAGAGCGGCAGCGACGAGCUCGAGGCCAAGUCCGAGAUGCCACCAUGGUUCAUCGUCUUCUACGAGCAAUACGUGCGCCAGCGCGACGAGAUGCUUGCCACGAUCAACCGCGCCAUGCCUCCUAUGCCAUCCUACCAGCAGCAACAGGCUCCUCAUCAACCAGAGGCCAACUCGUACUUUGACGACGACGUCGAGGCGGCUGUCGAUCCUCUUGUCCUCAAGAAGCAGUCCAUGCAGAUCACGCUCAUCGAGGGUGGUAUCCUGUUCCACUCCGUCUUCGUCGGCAUGACCAUUUCCAUCACAGCCGAGGGUUUCAUCAUCCUGCUCAUCGCCAUCGUCUUCCAUCAGAUGUUUGAGGGUCUCGGUCUCGGCACACGUAUCGCGGAUGUUCCUUACCCCAAGAACAGCUGGAAGCCCUGGGCUCUCGUUGUUGCUUUCGGUACCACCGCGCCCAUUGGCCAGGCUAUCGGACUCAUUACUCGUGGAUCUUACGACCCCAACUCGGCAUUUGGUCUGAUCAUCGUCGGAGUGUUUAACGCCAUUUCGUCCGGUCUUCUGAUCUAUGCUGCGCUUGUCGAUCUGUUGGCCGAGGACUUCCUUUCCGAGGAGGCUCAGCACACAAUGACCGGCAGCACCAAGACAUAUGCAUUCAUCUACGUCCUUAUGGGCGCAGCUGGUAUGUCUAUUGUCGGAGCCUUCGCCUAA